CGCCUACGCACGGUACGUGCGCAUGACCCUCGUUUGGUAUUGUGACUGGUAAAGAGAUCGGAGAUUUUUCCCCGCAAUCAACAAGAUGCCUCCAACUCAAGCUGUAGGUUCUGAGGAUCAGGAGAAGCUGCUGGAGGAAGCCCAGCAGGUUGUCAAGGUUCAAGCCUUCCAGAUGAAGAGAUCUCUUGAUAAAGGAAAGUUGAUGGACGGUUUGAAGAAUGCAUCCAACAUGCUUGGAGAGCUACGUACGUCUCUCCUCUCACCCAAGGGUUACUACGAACUAUAUAUGAGUGUGUGUGAUGAAUUACGUCAUCUAGAACAGUACCUCCUUGAUGAGUACCAGAAAGGUCACAAGAUUGCUGACCUCUACGAACUGGUCCAGUAUGCAGGCAACAUUGUCCCUCGACUGUAUCUGCUGAUCACAGUAGGUAUCGUCUACAUCAAGGCGCACCAGAGCUCUAGGAAGGACAUCAUGAAGGACUUGGUAGAGAUGUGCAGGGGUGUUCAACACCCACUCAGAGGACUCUUCUUGAGGAACUAUCUCCUGCAGUGCACCAGGAACUACCUGCCAGACACUGAAAAAGAUGAAAGUGAUAAUCCUGAGACUGCUGGAGGGAACAUUGAAGACUCCAUUGAUUUCAUCUUAUUGAACUUUGCCGAGAUGAACAAGCUUUGGGUGCGCAUGCAGCAUCAGGGUCACUCUAGGGAUUGGGAGAAGAGGGAAAAAGAGCGUAACGAGCUCCGGAUCCUGGUGGGGACUAACUUGGUCCGCCUCAGUCAGCUGGAGACUGUUGAUGUGGAGAGGUAUAAGAAGGACAUCUUGCCUGAAGUGAUAGAGCAGGUGGUUAGCUGUAGGGAUACCAUUGCACAGGAAUAUCUCAUGGAAUGCAUUAUACAGGUAUUCCCAGAUGAAUUUCACCUCCAAACGCUGAGUAUGUUCCUGAAGGCAUGCGCUGAUCUUAAUACUGCUGUCAAUGUCAAGAAUAUCAUCAUCGCCAUGAUCGACAGGUUAGCAUUGUUUGCCUGUCGCGACGACACUGCAGGUAUCCCAUCUGAUCUCAAACUAUUUGACAUAUUCUCGCUUCAGAUUGCUGGAAUCAUCGAGGCCCGUAGUGACAUGCCCACCGAGGACAUUGUGGCCCUCCAGGUUUCCCUGAUAAACCUGGCUCUCAAGUGCUACCAGGACAGGGUAGAUUACAUUGACAAGGUUCUAGAGACGACGGCAGCCAUCUUUGAAAAGCUCAAGCUAGAACAUCUGAAAUACAACAGUGCCGUUGCCAAGGAGCUGCAGAGACUGCUGAAGAUACCUGUGGAUUCCUACAACAACAUCCUGACCCUGCUCAAGUUACAACACUAUGUGCGCGUGGUGGAGUACCUGGACUACGAGGGCCGUAAGACAAUCAGUGCGUACAUCAUCAACAAUGCCAUUGAUAACAACCUUCCUGUGCCCAGCCAAGAGCAGGUUGACCAGAUCUUGACAUUGGUGGCGCCCUUGGUGAAGGAUCAGCCAGAUCAGCCUGACGAGGAGGACCCUGAAGAUUUUGCAGAAGAGCAAGGCCUGAUGGGAAGGUUUAUCAAUCUUUUGCAAGCAGAAGAUGCGGACCAACAAUAUCUGAUUUUAAACACAGCAAGAAAACAUUUUGGAGUAGGAGGAAACAAGAGGAUAAAGUACACAUUACCACCCCUGACCUUCUCUGCAUUCAGGUUAGCUUUCAGAUACAAGGAUUUGGCUGAAGAGGAUGAUAAAUGGGAGAAGAAAUGCCAGAAGAUCUUCACAUUCUGCCAUCAAACCAUCACAGCUCUGAUCAAGGCCGAGCUAGCGGAGCUUCCUCUACGACUGUUUUUACAGGGCGCCCUCGCUGCCGGGGAGAUUGGUUUUGAGAACCAUGAGACUGUUGCUUAUGAGUUCAUGUCACAGGCAUUCUCUCUGUACGAGGAUGAGAUCAGUGACUCCAAGGCCCAGUUGGCUGCCAUCACCCUCAUCAUAGCAACCUUUGAACGCAUGAGCUGCUUCGGGGAGGAGAACCACGAACCCCUCCGGACACAGUGCGCCCUCGCCGCUUCCAAGCUUCUCAAGAAACCCGACCAGUGCCGUGGGGUCGGCGUCUGCUCCCAUCUCUUCUGGUCUGGAAGGAGUACGGAGAGCGGGGGUGAAGAGAUCCAUGAUGGUAAGAGAGUUGCAGAGUGUCUCAAGAAAGCCUUGAGGAUCGCCAACCAAUGCAUGGACCCUACUGUUCAAGUACAACUCUUUGUAGAGAUCCUCAACAGAUAUGUCUACUUCUAUGAACGUGGGAAUGACCAGAUCACGAUACCAGUGCUGAAUCAACUCCUUGACAAGAUCAGAGAGGACAUGCCGAACCUUGAAGACAACGAGGAAACAGAACAGAUCACCAAGCACUACAACAACACCAUCGACCAUCUUAGAAAUAAACAGGAGAGCGGAGAGGAUGGGCCGUCAUUCGAGGGACUGGCGCUGUAGGAGAGGCAUAGGGAUGAGGCAAUCAUACCGUGAGUUUUCAGCAACGGACAUCACAUCACCGUCACGGUCGCUCGUAGCUAUUAUGGACACCAGGUAGGGAUGUAGCUGAGCUUGUGGAGGACUCUUUAAUACCUGUAUUAAUGCUUAUCUAGAAGGAGAAUCUCAUUUGGACUGAAAUGUGCUGAUCGAAUCGGAACAUAUUGUAUUUUCUGAACAUUUUAUGGAAUGUAAACCUAGUCCUUGAGAAAAUAAGGAUGGCAAUUUUAUGGUGCAUCAAGAGGACUAAAAACACACAGCUAAGCGAUCAAUUUUGCUGUUGAUUUAAUGGGAUAUAUUGCACCUAACAAUCAAUGCAAUCAUUCAUCAAUGAUAGCAUUGCAAUCAAUUACUCAGCUUUGUGUCACAUGACCUCAUGGGGAUCGAGGCUUCUUGAUAUUCUUUGUACAGACUGCCACUUUGUAAUAAUUCUUUUUUCUUCAACAAUGUAAAUUGAAAGAAAGCACUACGUUGUCAAGAU